CGGUGUCCUGGUGUACAGCUGUACUGGAGAACCCUCAGAAGGACCCGGGCUACCGACGCCGUUACUUGAUCAUUUUGCGCAUCGGUGCCGCUCCGCAGUCAAAUUACGCAUGGAAUGGUUUUGGGGGAAUUGGAGUAGAAAUGCAGCGCUGCCACACUUCCAGCCCACAACAAGAACCAUGGCCAUGUUACACUGCAAACAGAUCUAUGACAUCCUGUUUUGUCCCUUACUACUUUGAUAUGAGUGAAAGCUGCGACGAGGAGUGAAGAAAACACACAAACGCACGCGCUGACGGACACUGCGGGAGCCCGUGGAACCAAACCACCUCUGCAAUUUAGGAUCUUUUCUUUGAUGGAGCUGGAGAACAUAGUAGCCAACACUGUAUUGCUAAAAGCGAGAGAAGGUGGAGGAGGAAAGCGCAAAGGGAGGAGCAAAAAAUGGAAGGAGAUCCUUCGCUUUCCACACAUUAGCCAGUGUACUGAGCUGGGCAGCAGCAUCGAUAGGGACUAUGUCAGCAUCUGUGAAAAACAGCCUAUUGGACGGCUUCUGUUCCGUCUUUACUGUGAGACCAGACCCAACCUGCAGCGAUGCAUCCAGUUACUGGAUUCAAUGGAAGACUACGAGGUGACGCCUGAUGAAAAAAGAAAGAGCAGAGGGGACCAGAUUAUCAAGACUUUUCUCUCAAAACAAUCGCCUCUGCGUGUGGACAUAGCCGAAGCCUUUGCUGACCAGUGCAGGGAGAACCUCGAGCUGAGUCCGUGUAAGGAGAUCUUCAGCAACUGCCGCAAAGCCGUCCAUGACAACCUGAGCGGAGCGCCAUUCACCGACUACCAGAACAGCAUGUACUUUGACCGCUUUCUGCAGUGGAAGAUGCUGGAGAGGCAACCAAUCACUAAAGACACAUUCAGACAGUACCGGGUUCUGGGGAAGGGUGGAUUUGGAGAGGUGUGUGCGUGCCAGGUUAGAGCUACAGGGAAGAUGUACGCUUGCAAGAAGCUGGAGAAGAAGAGGAUUAAGAAGAGGAAAGGAGAGUCCAUGGCCCUCAAUGAGAAACAAAUUCUGGAAAAAGUCAACAGCAGAUUUGUUGUGAGCUUAGCGUAUGCGUAUGAGACCAAAGAUGCUCUGUGUCUGGUGCUGACCAUCAUGAAUGGUGGAGACCUGAAGUUUCACAUCUACAACAUGGGAACUCCAGGUUUCGAGAAGGACCGGGUUCAGUUUUAUGCGGCACAGAUCUGCUGUGGACUGGAGCACCUGCACUGGGAAUCCAUCGUGUACAGGGAUUUGAAACCAGAAAAUAUUCUACUGGAUGACAACGGACACAUCCGUAUUUCAGACCUGGGGCUGGCCAUCAAAGUUCCUGAAGGAGAGCUGAUCAGAGGCAGGGUGGGAACAGUAGGCUACAUGGCCCCGGAGGUGAUAAAUAAUGAGAAAUACGGGAUGAGUCCUGAUUGGUGGGGACUAGGCUGCCUCAUUUAUGAAAUGACCGCUGGGCGAUCACCCUUUCGUGCACGUAAGGAGAGAGUGAAGCGGGACGAGGUGGAGAGGAGGGUGCAAGAGGAAGAGGAGGAGUAUAACGACAAGUUUACAGAGGACACCAAGGCCAUCUGUAGAAUGCUACUGAUGAAAGACCCCAAGCAGAGGCUCGGGUGUCAAGCAAACAGAGCACCAGACGUGAAAUCCCACCCAUUCUUCAAAAACAUCAACUUCAAGAGGCUGGAGGCUGGAAUAGUGGAGCCGCCCUUUGUGCCUGAUCCUCGGGCAGUGUACUGUAAAGACGUGUUGGAUAUCGAGCAGUUCUCCACAGUCAAAGGAGUCAAUUUGGACCAAACUGACAAUGACUUCUACUCCAAAUUUGCCACAGGCAGCGUUUCCAUCCCAUGGCAGAAUGAGAUGAUAGAAACUGAGUGUUUCAGAGAUCUGAAUGUGUUUGGGCCUCAAGGGACGAGACCUCCUGAUCUGGACUGGAAUCAGCCACCAGAACCGCCUCGACGCAGCCUGCUGGACAGGAUCUUCAGGAGGCAUCACCCAGAGGUGUCUAUUUCCCACAGCCGUGUGCAGUCUUCCAGUGUAAACUCUGUGGACUCCAUGUCCAACUCUGCCCCCUAGUGGCACAGUGGCAGUGUGGGAGCCACACACAAAGGGAAUGAGCUCCGAGGGUUUUCCCUCUGCUGACUGGUUCACAGAUGGGCCUAAGCAGCAGCCGGUGACAGCCUAAUGGUCAGCCCGGGAGAGAGAAGGGGGUGGGGGGGUGACCGGGCUGUGAGAAGUCGUCUGAGCUGCAGAGACAGUUCGAAAUAUUCAGACAUACCUUACUUACUUACCCUCAGGAUUGUUGGACUACACAACAGAGCCACUGACGUUGAAACGGAAAAGGAUAAAAAACAAGCUAAUAUUCAGGGGAUCCACUGCAUAAUAAAGACCACCACAGGGAACAGAAGAUUGCGAUCUUAGUGAAUUGCUAUUCCCACAAAAGGAAGUUAUUUUUCCAUUUCUUUUUGGCUUGCAUCUUCUCAUCUCCUGCACUUUUCACCUCUUAAGUGUCACCGUCUGUACAACCCAAAUGCUCCCUUUUCCCAUACCUCAGAUACACUCCUGAACACAUCACCUCAACACAUAAUUUACAAUACCUCCCACCCACUCAGGCCAAAGAUUACAGUUCAGGUCUGUGUCACCUUAAUCUUUUUCUUUCUUUCUUUUGGGAAGUUUUGUUUUCAGCGCUGACAUUUGAAACCACACAGGAUCAAAAAGGCAGGAUCCAUUUUUCUACACAUUCUCUAAAUGUGAGCCUGCAACGUAUCGUACUGCUUAAAGCACAUAGUCACAGAUGCCGAGAAUUGUCUUUUUAUUGCAUGGAUAUGUGUAAGUAUGGAGAGCUAUGUCCUUAUGCUUCUGCAUCAUACCUCAUUCCACUGAUGACGACUCCUUCAGUUUACAGUGUCACUUUAUAUUUGAGAUUGUGGACUUUAAAAAAAAAAAAAUCAAAUUAAUAUGCUGUAUAGAAAUCUUUUUUUUUUCCCUGCACAAUCCCCGUGGAGUGGAGAGGAACACAUGCACUCAGCUGAUUUCCAUGUUGCACAAAAUAAACGUGAUGUUGUCUCUUCUUCACCAGAUGUCUUUUACCUCGGCUCAUUAUGGCACAUGAUGACAUUGAAGCUCACACGUGGCUGGUUUCCUCCCAUUAGGUCCAACUUUUCCUUUUAUGUUUCAAAGAUAUUGCUGCCUAGCCUAAAACAGGCUUUUCCACUUCUCUUACGAACACCUCACAAAUCUAAAGGGUCUUCCUUCUUCCAAACAUUCUUUGUGGAUGCAGGGUAUCUUAUCGGAAUGUUUAUUUUUGAAUUGGUGGUGUCGAAUCGUGCUGGAGGAGGAGCAGAAGAGAUGAGAGUCCUGCGUAGAAGUGGCCUUUUUUGCAGCAGCACAGCCGAUUAAAGGGGACGGAGAGUUCGCGCUCCGUGUCUAACAGUGCACUAUUUUCCUGUUAGAACGAGCAACAGUGGGUCCAGACAGUCAUUUAAACAUGCUUCCUAAUCCCACCCAAGCCAGUUUUUUUUCUUUGCAUACUCUUGAUAUGGGAAAAAAAAACCAUCACAUUCAUAACGAAGUGCCUCCUUGUUAGCGUGAUCUCCCAGACGUCGCCCACACAGACAUCAGCAUUUUCUUUAUUCUCUGACUGUCAUGCGCUGUUUGUCUCACUGGGGAACAAAUCAACACAAGUACACAAGACUGGAGCAGUCUGUUGGAUGUGAACUGAAAACUGAUGAUGUGGGGAGUAUGAGGGGAUGCUUUUGGGUUUUUUUUCCUUUAUAAUGUGAUGUACAUCAAAGUGCUGAGUGCAUGUGAAAGCCAAACCCACUGUGUCACUGAACGCCUAAUAAACUCUGUGCUAUAGUUUGACUAUUCCAAA